AUGGCUUCUCAUCUAGCGAACAUCUUUGGGACAGAACAGGAUAGAGUCAAUUGUUCUUUUUACUUGAAAAUCGGUGCUUGUAGACAUGGUGAUCGAUGUUCUCGAAAACAUAUCAAACCUCAAUUCUCAAGCACUAUACUCUUACCUAACGUAUACAACAACCCGGCUCAUACUCCCGAAGGACAGAACAUGACACCAGAACAAUUACAACAGAAUUUUGAUAAUUUCUACGAAGAUUUUUUCAUCGAACUAUGUAAAUACGGAAACCUUCAAGAAAUGCACGUAUGCGAUAACGUCGGUGAUCAUCUGAUGGGAAACGUUUACGCAAGAUACGAAUACGAAACUGAAGCAUCAAAAGCUUGUGACGCAUUAAACGAUAAAUGGUACGCUAUGAAACCUCUAAUGGCUGAAUUAUCACCCGUCAGUGAUUUCAGAGAAGCUUGUUGUAGGCAGAAUGAAAUGGGUGAAUGUGUUAGGGAAGGUUUCUGCAACUUUAUGCACUUAUGUCAUCCUUCGAAAUCACUAGUAUCAUCACUUCAAGCAUCUCAACGUCUUUCAAGAAGACGUAAUGCCAAUAAUGGAGGUACGGACGAUCAAGAUUUAGGUUGGACACCUAGUGUAGCGGCGGUAGGUGAAUGGAGACCUGGUAAAAAAGUUGAUGGACCAAGUUGGAGAGAUGUACAUUAG